AAUUUGCUUGGAAAAAUCAAUCGCGUUUUUCACCUUUCGUGCGUAACCCGAAGUCGUAGCAGUGAUUUUCUUCCUAAAAUGGUUCUCCUCUCGAACCUAGCCCGGGUUGCAGCGGUAUCCCGCGCUCGGACCACCUUCGGUCGACAGCUGAAACUCACCAAGGCCGGGCAGAUGGCUUUGCGUCGAAAGUAUACCUUCCGGAGUGGAGCCCUGAAACCGAUGCCCAACAUCGUUCCUUUUGGACUGAUCGGGAUCGUGCUGACGGUCAUCCCGGGCCUGCUGAUUGGGGCUACCAUCAGCAAGAAUAUGGCCAACUUCCUGGAGGAGAAUGAUCUGUUCGUCCCCUCGGAUGAUGACGAUGACGAUGACUAAGGUGCUGAUCGAUGAUGAAUUAAUACACUCGUUUAGUAUUGAUUGGAGUGGCUACUUUUUUUUCAAGCUACUGAUGUUCAAAAAAGAAACCGGACCCCAUUCACUCGAUCCUUAAACUUAAAGCACUCUCAGGAGGGACUGUUCUUUCGAAGAUAUCACUACUCAACCCGCACAUUAAUAGUUGAAACAUCUUUAAAUCGUUCUCGUGAUGCAGUUGUGCUUAAAUAUGUGUUUUAUUUAUUUUUAUGAAUAUUGCAGUUAUCGUCGUUAUGCUUAAGUUUUCUACAUAUUAUAGAUUGUGUAUAUAUUUAUUACUAUCCAACUAAUGUCUCUUCUCAUCAAUCUUCUACACUUCUUCGCGAAUAAAAUCCCUAAUAAUUACAAAGCAAAAAAAAAAUGGGAGAAAUCCCUAACAGAACUUGUUACAAAAAUGUGUGCAGUAGACGACAACGUUUGCCACUUUCUUACGAUAUUCUUGAGAAGAAAAAAAAAACAACUUUCAAUUCGACUCUGACAUCGACCUUUCAAUCGUUAUUUACAGUACAGAGCUACAGGAUUUUCAGAAGAAACGAAAGCCAAUAAACAAAGAUCAACAACGCAACAAAACAUAGGAAUAGUAUGUGCAAUACAACUUUCUCAGCUUCUCUGGUUUUUGGUUUUCGUGGAAGACAGGAAAAUAAUUGAAACGACGCGGUUAAAAUCAAAACACAAGUUAGUUGUUGCCAUGAAUAAACGUAACAAAUACACAAUGGUUUUUGUUCUCUAAGUAGAAACGAAAAUAAAAUACCGUUAAGCGUUAAGUACAAA